GCGAGUGAUGGCUGUGUGCAGGGGACGGCAUCUUUUUUUCAUACUAUUUUCUUUACAAGUAAGACCGAUACAAAGGCGCGGCACCCAAGACCAAGACCAAAUCGGACCGUCAACAAAGUCAGCUGUUGCGGGACAUAUGUGGCCUCGGUCCUGCUUACAGAAGAAAUGAGCAUAUGAUGAUCCCAGAGAAGGUCAAACUAGUAAUUACAUAUUUGUGAGGCUGGACCUGUGAGCAGCCAAGGGGUCAAGAUGUUUUCUGCCCUGCGCAAGUUGACGGGGAGGGGGGAGGGGGGCCCCGGAAGCACCACCUCUCCCCCAGGAAUGCAGGCUAUGGCAGCCUCUCUUCAGCGACGCUUCGCCCGAGGGGUUCAGUACAACAUGAAAAUAGUUAUCAGGGGGGACCGCAACGUGGGGAAGUCAUGCCUCUUCCGCCGCCUUCAAGGUCAGCCUUUCCAUGAGGAGUACAUUCCCACAGAGGAGAUUCAGGUGGCCAGCAUACAGUGGAGCUACAAGGCCACUGAUGAUGUUGUCAAGGUGGAGGUUUGGGAUGUUGUCGACAAAGGAAAGAAAAAGAAAAAGAUUGAAGGCCUCAAGCUGGACAACAGCAGCCUUGAGUUUGAGGAGCCUGCCUUGGAUGCAGAAUUUCUUGAUGUGUAUAAAGGAACUAAUGGUGUCAUCCUUAUGCUGGACAUGACCAAAAACUGGACCUUCGACUAUGUGCGUCGGGAGAUAGUCAACGUGCCGAGCCACAUUCCCGUGUUGGUGCUGGCCAACCACCGCGACAUGGGCCACCACAGGGUUGUGUCUGAGGAUGAUGUUCGAUUCUUUGUGGAGAGCUUGGAGAGGCCUGAGGGAGCUGCAGACAUCCGUUACACAGAGUCGUCAAUGCGUAAUGGGUAUGGUUUGAAGCUGCUUCACAAAUUCUUCAAUCUACCAUUCCUCCAGCUGCAGAGAGUCACACUCCUGAGGCAGCUGGAAACCAACACUGCUGAAAUUGAAGCCACAGUGCAGGAGCUUGAUGUGUAUCAGGAGAGUGAUGAUGCUGACUAUGACAUCUUCCUGAGCCAACUGACUGACAGGCGCAGGGAGAAGGCCGAUUCUCUUGGUCCUGUGCCCCAAGCUGCGGUGCCAAUAAACACUGUUCCCUUCACUCAGAUGCAGGGUGCAGCCAUGGUACCAGGAGGCAGUGUCAGUCCCACAAUCAAUGGUGUGCCACGGUCCACCUCAAUGCCAGUCAGCCUGUCAUCAGCAUCCCCUGGCACUCAGCCCAGCCCCACGCCUGCCACGGUCCCAUCACCCAAGACCUCCUCCCCCAGCAAGCAGCCUCCCAGGACCACUCCGGUGACCAGCACUUCUACAACUGCCAGUGCCAGUGUGACCCCAAACACCUCCAGCAGCAUCAGUCCCACUCCUGGUGGCACCACUCAGGCACCCAAGCCUGCCCAGAGCCCGGAGAAGACCCAGGAAAAGACUGGCUUUAUGUCUCGCAUAUUCAGCAGGAAAGAACAGGACCCACCGAAGGAGACAAUUCUAGUGCCAGAUGGGGUUGCAGUCGCUGGUGAACCUGUGUCUGUGGAUGACUUUGUUCCUGACGGUGGCAGACUGGACCAGUCUUUCCUGAAUGAUGUGGCUUCAUUAUCUAUUAAAGAAUCAUCACCUGUACUGGUUGAGGAAGAGAGUGAAGAUGAGUGUGAUGGAAAUCCAAUGGUAUCAGGCUUCCAAGUUGAUCUUGACCCAGAUGACCUUCAGAUGGGGUCAGGGGUGGGUGUGGGGCUUGAGGAGGAGGAGGAGGAGAGUAAGGAUGAGUCUGGGUAUUGUGAGGAAAGAAAUACUACUGGCAGUGCAAAACUUGUUCAUUGUGGUUUAGCAGAUUUGGAUCUGGACAGCUUGGAUAGCGAAGACGUCAUAAGAACUAGUAAAAAGAGCUUGAAUGUCACAAGUUCCUCUGAAAGUGAUGUUCAGAGUCAACAGACCAGUUUCCUGGGGUCUGAUGCUGAUCCAUUUAGCUUGAAGCAGACCAAGACCCCAAGCAGCAUGGGUGGGCUGAAGGAGAAGGAGGGGGACGAGAAAGUGGACCACCUAGAUGACUGGCUGAAUUCAGAGGAGAGCACUAUCGUUAACCCUUAUGUCUCUACAUCCAGCAUGAUGCCAGAGGGAGUUGCCCUUGAGGAUUCUGAUGCUGAGGAAGGUCCACUGCCUGAGGGCUCCCAGGUCCUGGAGAAGGUGGGUCCACAUAGCUGCAGCACGUCCAGGAGUGACAGUCCUCUUGAGUCUGCUGAGCGCAAGAAGAAGCAAAAAAGGAAAGAUAAGGAGAAAAAGGAAAAGGAUGAUGAUAAAUCUGUCAGAAAACAUAAGAAGAAAAGUAAAGAUAAAGAUAAGGAGAAGGAAAAAGAAGGCGAGAAGAAGAAGAAGAAAAAGAAGAGAGACAAGGAUAAAGAUGAUUUGGAAGAGUUCUUCAGCGGUUCACCUGAAAAAGAGUUUGACGAGGCCUAUGAAGCCAUCUAAUCUUGCCUUUAUUUGGUCAUGGCGUCUAAUCCAAAAAUUUUGUAUGUGCAUAAUGAGAGUUUUUACCCCGAGUGAAUGUUUUGUAAGUAACUUAAUCAAAGACUAAGUGAAUUGUCUUCUGCUCUUCUCUCCUUAGCCUGCCUCAUCUUCAUUAUUGAAAGCAUGAUUAGUUAAAUAGUCUUAAAGGUUCAGACCUGAGAAUUUUCAUGAGGUUUGAUUUAAUAUCUUUAAAAUACAGUUUAUAUGCAAUAUGUAACUUAUACCAGAUUAAUGCUGACAAGACUAUAGCAGUCCAUCUCCAGUCACAUGUUCAUUGUGGAAUCUCACAAGAUUUCCCAAUUCUCAAGAUGCAUCAUAGUGUCAUAAUCUGUACUAGAAUUAUAAGGCAAAUACUUUUCAAAAAUUUUUUUCAUACUCAUGUCAUCACUUCAACAUUUUGCACCUGUUGUAUUCUGCAGAACCAAGUGGAUUUUUCUGUAGGAAUCGUAACGUUUUUGACAAUAAUAUAAUAAUAUUUAUUUCAUAGCAGUUUCUUACGAGUUGCUGGCUGAAUACUGAAGAAAAUAAUCAGAUGGAUAAGACUAAGUGAGAGUUUUGGGUUUUAUGAAACUGAUAAGCAGCAGCAGAUAUCAGAGUCUUUUAGUGAAGUAAUGUAUGGUGUAAGUGGCAUAAGUUUAAAGCAGUUAUGUUUACAAUCACGUAUAAAGAAAAGUGGACAAAAAAAAUCCUGCUGGUGUUGGUGCUGGCAGCCUGGCAAAACUUGUCACAUUUUGCCUGUUGGAACACCAGUGCUGUAUCAAGUUCUUUUUAAAAUGUCUUUGAAGCUUGAUUUCAUUGUUACAUAUAAAUGUUACACCUGAAAGCUUUUAAGUUUUCAUUUAUGCAAAAUGUUUAUAAGUAAAUAAUCAAUACCGUACAUUAUCGUGGGGUGUUAUGCGUAAUGUCAGGCUAAUUACUUUUUUAUUCGCACCAUGUGAUUGAAGCUUCUUGAUUCACUGCAUUGCUUGCUUUGAGGUUCACAUAAACCUAUUUACUGGGAAUGGAGAGGGAAUGGAUUUGUCAUAUUUAUUUUGGUUUGGGCUAAAUGCCUCAUUUAAAAGUAAAUGAUUUUGAAAAAACAAAUGACUUAAAUAAGAACAUUUGUUCAAGAUUUGUAAGCUCUGGGGU